AUGCAUGUUGACCUACGAGGAAGCAUCACACCACCUGCAAAUCGAGAGAUUACUGUUCCAUUGAGCAAAGAACAGGACCAUGCAGCUAAGACACCAGCAGCCAACGGUAUGACAUUGACCUAUAUUACUCCUGAAAUUGUAGAAGAAAAUUUGGUAGCUAAGCUGGAGAAAUCAGAGAUUGAGCAGGAAAAUUUGAAAUGGAAGAAUGCGUUGAUUGUCAAUGUAUUGGGUGAGAAGCCAGGCUACAAUUCCAUGAAGAGAUACAUCAACCAGGUGUGGAACAUAGUUGCCAUGCCAGAUUUGUUCUAUCAUGAUGAGGGUUAUUAUCUUGUGAGAUUCCAAACAUUGGAAGACAUGAAGAAAAUUAUGUGUGCUGGGCCUUAUACUAUGAAUGGAAGACCAAUGAUAAUGAAGCAUUGGUCACCAUAUUUUGAUUUUGCUGCUGAAUUUUUAACAGAUAUUCCAUUAUGGGUAAGAUUCCCAAAAUUACCCAUGAACUGUUGGAGUGGAAACUCACUGAGCAGAAUAGCAAGCACAAUAGGGAUUCCUAUGUUUGCAGAUGAGUGUACUGCUAAACAAACGCGAAUCUCCUAUGCGAGAAUUUUGAUAGAAGUGAAUGUUACAAAGCCUCUACCAACAAGUAUUCCAAUCAUGAAUGAAGGAGGGGUGAUGUUUGAACAAGCAGUUGAGUAUGAUUGGAAACCUGAGUUUUGUGAAAAAUGUCUAAAGGCAGGGCACAAUUGUAGCAGAAUUUCAAAGGAUAAUGACAAGCCAAUUCCCCAGAUCAGGAAUAGGAAGCCACCAGCAGUUAAACAAAUAUGGAGAACAAAGGAACCAGCUCAAGUUACAAUAAAUGAAGAGGAGUAG